AGCCUAGCAGAGAGGCCCCCGUCCACUUCUUUGUCCCAUUCACCUGCCGGUGCCAACCCCCCCCCCCCCCCCCCCCCCCAACCUCUCUCGCGGUCUCCCUUCCUUGCGUCGACGGCUGGGCGAGCGGCGCUGCUCCUCCGCAGGUCUUAGUCGAGCCCUUCGCCGGCGACAAGCAUUGACCAGGGUGGAAUUGGGGAGGACGAUACACCAUGGCGGAUUUCUCCAAGGAGUCUUGCCCUUCAGUAAAGAAUAUUUUGCUUCUGGAUUCUGAAGGGAAGCGUGUUGCUGUGAAAUAUUUCUCAGAUGAUUGGACAACUAAUGCAUCAAAGUUGGCCUAUGAAAAAUCUGUCUUCACUAAAACUCUGAAGACAAAUGCACGGGCAGAAGCUGAGAUAACAUUGUUUGAUGGUUAUAUUGUCGUCUACAAGUUUGUACAUGACCUUCACUUUUUUGUCACUGCUGGAGAUGAUGAGAAUGAACUCAUCUUAGCAAGUGUACUAAAUGGUUUUUCGGAUUCUGUUGGUCUUCUACUCAGGGGUGAUGUUGAGAAGCGGACUGCACUUGAGAACUUGGACUUGAUACUUCUCUGCAUUGAUGAAAUUAUAGAUGGCGGCAUCAUCCUGGAAACCGAUGCGAAUACCAUUGCUGGGAAGGUCGCAACCAAUGCUGUUGAUGGUUCUGUCCCCUUCUCUGAGCAGACGAUAUCUCAGGCCCUAGCCACAGCUAGGGAGCACCUUGCAAGGUCUCUGCUGAAAUGAACAACCUACAACCAGAAUUCUUUUACGACUUAUUAUGACAUAUUCUAAAGUGCUACAGUGACAACCUAAUCGAAUGUUCCAGCUUUGGUACCACGAGUUGUGUCAUGCUAUGCUUGGAACUUUGAACCAGUGAUUUUGUACCUAUUUUGAAGAAUACAUAAAUAAAGAGUUGUGUAAUUGAGUGUACUAUACUUUUCUUACAAAAAAAUGUCGUUUCAAAUGUCAAA